UCUCUCUCUGUGGACUGAAAGCCCAUUAAACUUCACUGGGUCAUCCAACAGCGAGAGGCCCAAUUGAAGAUCAGGGGUUUAGGGUUUGUCUAUCCCCGUAUUCACUCGAUUGAAAGAUUGCAAUUUGCAAUCGAAGAGGAGCGGAUUAAUUGAGAACGAUCAUAUGGGUACGGACCAAAAACCGAAACGCGCGCAGGAUGAAAGCGUUGCUCCUGCAACUGCUCUGGCUUACCUUGAUCCUAAUUACUGGGAUGAGCGUUUUUCUAAGGAAGAGCAUUACGAGUGGUUUAAGGACUACUCUCAUUUUCGGCAUCUCAUACUUCCUCUUCUCAAACCCGAUUCCUCAGUAUUGGAAUUGGGUAGUGGGAAUUCGAAGCUCUCUGAGGAAUUAUACAACGAUGGAAUCACUGAUAUCACAUGCAUUGAUUUAUCUGCUGUUGCCGUUGAGAAGAUGCAGAUGCGUUUACAUUCGAAGAAUAUGAAAGAAAUAAAGGUGCUAGAAGCUGACAUGCUAGACAUGCCUUUUAGUGACGAGUGUUUUGACAUGGUUAUUGAGAAAGGAACCAUGGAUGUGUUGUUCGUGGACAGUGGCGACCCAUGGAAUCCUCGACCAUCCACACGAGCCAAGGUCAUGGCAAUGCUUGAAGGUGUUCAUAGGGUUUUGAAGAAAGAUGGCAUUUUUGUCUCAAUCACAUUCGGCCAGCCGCAUUUCAGGCGUCCUUUAUUUAAUGCUCCAGAGUUUACUUGGUCAUUUGAGUGUAGCACUUUCGGCGAUGGGUUUCACUACUUCUUCUAUACCUUGCAUAAGGGAAGGCGAUCAUCCGACGAUAAAGGUGAAGACGAGAGGUCCGAGAUGCCAUCGAUCUGUUUACUUCAGGAAGAACUAGAGGGUGAAGAUUAUAUGUUCAGAACCAAUGUUGAUGAGCUGAAUUGUUAAAGUAGAGUAUUAUUAUUGUAUCAAUUUUUGCUUAAUCAAUUGUACAUUUUAAAGUCAAACACAGUUUCAUUAAGUUGUUUCUCCCCACUUUUUAAAAUGGGGUUUAUAUUA